CUUAUUUGAUUUUCGGGGAAAAACAUAGCAAAUUAGGAAUUGGGUGGCAAAACGCAAAAGAAGGGUGAAAAGAAAAGGGGGGAAAUAAUGUGGACAAGUGUGCUCAAACAAAGGGUGAAGGCAGCCUUCAUGAUUUGGCCCCUCACAUUUUCACCAACUACACUCCCACCAUCACUCCUUCGCCCAACCGCCACCAUGAGCAUAGCCCAACACCAAACCGCCAAUUUCGAUGAAAUUUUCAAGCAAAAACGGAUCCUCCGAUCCAAAGUCCGCAAGUCCCUCAAGUCCAUGGACCCCUCUCUUCGAUCGGAAGAAGACAAUGCAAUCCAGAGUUUGGUUUUAGAAGCUCCGUGGUUUAAGUCUAGCAAGACAUUUUGUGCUUAUAUAAGUUGCAGUGCUUUACGUGAAGUGAAUACUUCUGUACUGUUGAGGGAAAUUUUGAAGAACCCAGAAAAAGAUGGCUGUGCUCAGACUCCGAAAAAGCUUUAUGUUCCACGUGUGGAGGACAAGAAUAGUCAUAUGCGAAUGCUCAACAUUUCAAGCAUGGAUGAUCUGAUUGCAAACUCCAUGAAUAUUUUAGAACCAGCUCCUAUAGAUGGUCUUGGAAAUAAACGGGAAGAUGUUUUGCAGGCAAAUGACCCAGUUGAUUUAUUCCUUCUGCCUGGACUUGCAUUUGAGAGAACUGGAAAACGCUUGGGGCGUGGUGGAGGUUAUUAUGACACCUUUUUGAGGAAGUAUCAAGAGCUCGCGAGGGAGAGGAACUGGAAGCAGCCUCUUUUUGUUGGACUCUCUUACUCUCUACAAAUCAUGGAUGAAGGAGUAAUACCUGUAACUUCACAUGAUGUGUUGGUUGACGCCCUUGUGACUCCAUCUGGCAUGAUUCCCAUUAGCCCAUCUGCCGUAUAAAGAAUGCAGAUUUAACAUUGAACUUUGAAGCCUCAUUUCAAUGCAAUUCUAGAAGAUAUUGCGAUUAGUGGCUUGUGACCUGAUGAGGACUGUAUCUUCUGAAGUGCUCAAAAUGUGAGGCUUGUGCCAUUAAAAUGGGAUAAAGGCCUAGUGGGCCAUUGCUCAGAGGCCACAAUUUGUUGUCCUAGGAGUAUGACAUUUACAUUCUAAAACACCACAAUAAAAGAAAGGGUUUUGUGAUAUUUGACGAGUGUAAAUAACAAACUUGAUACGUUACAAGUGUGGACUGGAAUAGAAAAGAUUUUCAUUCAAUCUUUAA